ACCGACUGUCAGAAAGAAUGUUACGAACAAUAACAAACAAGGCUAACCUUGGCAACAUCCUUGAGCUCAAGGCGAUACACGCAAUAAAAUCCGCAAAAGGAAGAAAAUACACCGGCAACUGUGCCACUGUUGAAAUGCCGAAAAUUAGAGCGGCACUGAUCGAUCUCAGCGGAACUCUCCACAUCGAUGACCAGCCAACAGAAGGAGCUGUUGAUGCAUUGGAAAAACUCCGGAGCCUCGGAAUAACGGUGAAAUUUGUAACUAACACGACUAAGGAGAGCGUUUCCUCGUUGUACACUCGGCUGGUGAAGAUCGGGUUCCAAUUAGAGCAGAAAGAAAUCUGCAGCUCACUUAUCGCAGCUUCGAACUACGUUAAGACAAACGGACUUAAUCCGUACUACAUCGUAACCGACGAUGCACGGCGAGACUUUCCUCCGCACAACUCCGCCCGUGAAUACGACUCUGUGGUGAUCGGUCUGGCGCCAGAGCGUUUUACUUACGAUUUUGUAAAUGAAGCCUUUCGGAUUCUUCACCAAAGCAAGGGAACGGCCUGUUUGAUUGCCAUUCACGAAGGUAAAUACUACAAGACGAAGCAAGGAAUCUCAAUUGGACCGGGAUGUUUUGUCAAAGGGUUGGAGUACAGUACCGGCAUCAAAAGUACAUGCGUUGGCAAACCGAAUAAGUAUUUCUUUUGGUCAGCUUUGCCGGAAGGAUUCAAGCCAGACGAAUGUGUUAUGAUUGGGGAUGAUCCAAACGAUGAUUGUUUGGGUGCAAUGGCAAUCGGAAUGCAGGGAUUCCUAGUGGAAACUGGAAAAUAUCAACCAGAACUCUAUACUAAGGAUUCUCUUCCUCAGGUUAGUGGCAUUUUUAAAGAUUUUCGUUCUGUUGUCGAACACAUUGCAAAUAAUUGUACCUAAUAAAAGGAAUUCUUUUACUGUCCAAUAUUAAUUAGACCAAAAAAUUAUCAUGUCUAGAUAGUCAAUUUACCUUCAAAUAAAAAUAGACGAACAUUCGAA